CUGGUGCUAACAGGCUGUUUCUCAGGUCGUCUCCAGGAAUACGAGGUCAUUGGGCGCCAUCUGCCCACAGAGGCUAACCCCUCUCCUGCUCUGUACCGCAUGACCAUCUUCGCUCCCAACGAGACGGUCGCCAAGUCCCGUUUCUGGUACUUCUUGCGCGGUCUCAAGAAGGUCAAGAAGGCCACCGGUGAGGUCGUCAGCGUCAAGGCUGUCCACGAGAAGCACCCCCAGAAGGUCAAGAACUUUGGCAUCUGGAUCCGCUACGACUCCCGCUCCGGCACCCACAACAUGUACAAGGAGUACCGUGAGGUCUCCCGCACUGAUGCCGUCGAGUCCCUCUACUCCGACAUGGCCGCUCGCCACCGUGCCCGCUUCAGGUCCAUCCACAUUCUCCGCGUCGUCGAGAUCGAGAAGACCGAGGACAUCAAGCGUCCCUACAUCCGCCAGCUGAUCACCAAGGAUCUCAAGUUCCCUCUGCCCCACCGCACCUCCCAGCUCACCAGCAAGAAGGUCUUCAGCGCAAAGCGACCUUCCACUUUCGCUUAG